AUGGCUGCCAAAUUGAAUACCUAUCCAAAGGUACGGUAAAUUCAUGAAGGAGAAGGCUAUGGGUUGCUACUAGCCUCCUUGCCUAUGCCUCUAGAGCUGGAGGCAGCAAUUCUUCUGAACACCAGAUAUGGAAAGAGGAAAGGGCUCCUGUGUUCAGAUCUUGCUUGAAGGUUUCCCACAGGGAACAGGCUUCUGGACUAGAUGUGCCAUUGGCCAGGUCCAACAGACUCUUUUUACGUUCUUAUGUGUAUAUAUGUUUAUAUAUGUGUACAUAUAUUUAUAUCUAUAGAUAGAUACCUUCACAACAUCCCAAUCUCUAAGUGGAGAGUGGUGAGUGAAAGGAUAUACAGUGUAGGUGCCUCACAAGUGAGGGGUUUGUUCCAUAGGCAGUGCAUGUAUGCAGUUUUUUAAAAUGCAAAAUUGUCUAAGACUGAUCAUAAAUGCUGAAUGUUUUGGUUUCAACAGGGAGCGUUUCUGGAAAAACUGGGCAUUUGCCGUAAGCAUAUCUUCCUCAGGGUUAUGUACGAUGCCAUACCAACAAGGAAGGACUCAAAGUUGAUCAGAAAGGACCUUGUUUUUGAUGGGGUGCCUGUGAGGGUGUACUGGCCCAAGACACCAGGUGCUGGGAACAGGAGAGGAAUCAUCUAUCUUCAUGGAGGCUCUGGACUCAUCGGAAGCAUCCGUAAGCUCUUUGGAAUGUUUUUGAAAAGGAUAAUUUGAGGAGGUACUUUAAUGUAAAGGUCUUGAAAUGCUUGCUAUGUGAGGUGUGGAAGUGGUUUGUACUGCUCCUGUAGGCAGCUUAAGUUUUGUGUAGGAUUGGAUUGUGUGGUCAGAAAACAGGCAGAGACCUCUUGUUACAAAGGUGACCAGUUCUGUAUUAAUUCCUAGUAUCACAGUCACUGAAAAAUCCUUAAAAUGUCAAAGAAGGUGUUUCUGCUUCAAGCCCCAAAGGACUUUUAUGUAAGUGCUUCCAGAAGUGAACAGAAAUAACUGGAAAGAAGCCCAGAAAUGUGGGUGGAAGUUUGGUUUUGGUUUUACCCACUGACACUGCUUGAUCUCUGUUACAGAUCAGGAGAGGGUAAAACCACAGAAUGGUUUUUAGGUAGUGAUGCCCCAUUUACAAAGAGUUCAAUGCAACUGAGUUUUUCCCAGAGGAAAUUCAUUAAAAGUUGUUGUUUUCUACAGUCAAGAAGCGCAUCCAAUUUAUGACAUAUAAAUAAAUAAGCAGAUAUAUCCAUCUAUCUCUAUAUUUCAACAGUUUUACUUUCAAUAGAACUAACAUUGGAUUCAACUCACAAUGAUAUCAGUGUUCUUGACCAGGAAAAAUUGUAAUGGAGGGGUUGUGGGGCUUGUGCUUUCUUCCAGAAGUCUAUGAAAAGGUCUGCCGUUUCAUUGCACACCAAAGUGAUUCAGUGGUUAUGAGUGUUGGGUAAGUGGCUUCACUCUCAUUGUAUCAAAAAGGACAUGGAAUGCCUCUCAGUUUCUAACCUUUCCUAGGGAAUAUUAAUUACACUGGUCAACAACAAAUUUGUUGUCUGCGUUUUUUCAGUUGAUUUAGGACGAAUCUGAUGCGCUGAAUCCAAAAAUCACAUUGGUUUUGCUCAAUCAGGUCAAGUUUUUGAGGUAUGGCCACGUCGUUUUUUUACGUUUUUGUUCACGUGUACGCUUGUGUGGAGCAUUUUAGAAGAAGUUGGUGGGGGUAAAAUGCCAUGUCGAAUAAUUGUUUUGAUUGGAAAUGAUUAUUUUAAUGACAAGAAGUAUUCAGGUCCGAUAGUUCUGGGUGAUUAUGUCGAAAAGGGAUUAGUUUGAAGUCAUAAAACCUCGAAAUCUUCCAUAAAUUGGUGUGGCAAAGCAUAAAGUUAUUUUGGUAUUAAACUUGGUGACCAGGAUAAAGCUUGGGCGCCACACAUGGUGUGCAAGGCAUGCACCGAGACUCUACGUGGGUGGACCAAUGGCAAGAGGAGUCUGAACUUUGGAAUUCCCGUGGUUUGGAGGGAGCCGACAAACCAUGUCACUGACUGCUGCUUCUGCGCUGUUGAUGUGACUGGGGUCAACAGAAAGAACCGGAGCAGCCUCAAGUAUCCUGAUCUUCAAUCAGCACGUCAUCCUGUAGCUCAUUGUGAUGAAAUUCCAGUGCCUAUCUUCGGAGAACUUCCUGACAUUAGUGACGAAGAUGCCUCCAGUGUUGAAGGACAUGAAGAAGAAGUGGUUCUUGAAGAUGAUGCUCCACAUCCAUUUUCCCAAAAGGAGUUGAAUGAUCUAGUUCGCAACCCCAGCUUGUCAAAGGACUCUGUCGAACUGUUGGCAUCCAGACUGAAGGAAAAAACCUCCUUUCUGACAGUGCUCACAUCAGCUUCUUUUGCAACAGGCGUCAAGAGCAUCUCCGUAUUUCUCGGAAGAGAAGGACUUGGUGUACUGUGCAGAUAUUGCGCAGCUUCUACUCAAGCUUGGAGUGCCACAGUAUGAACCCAAAGAAUGGAGACUGUUCAUUGACAGCAGCAAGCGAUCACUGAAAUGUGUUCUGCUACACAAUGGCAACCAGUUUGCCUCUAUACCCCUGGAUCACUCGAGUACACUGAAGGAGAACUAUGAAGCGGUGAAGUAUGUGCUGGAGAAAAUUGGUUAUGAUCAGCAUAAGUGGUUUAUUUGUGUUGACCUGAAGAUGGUGAACUUUUUGUUGGGACAACAGUCUGGCUUCACCAAGUACCCAUGUUUUCUGUGCAUGUGGGAUAGUAGGGACCGUGCUCAGCAUUAUACGAAGAAGGACUGGCCUGUGCAGGAGGAAUUCGUGCCUUGCAAAGAAAGGAACGUCAUCAACGACCCUCUGGUGGACAGAGACAGAAUAUUCUUCCCACCGCUGCAUAUCAAGCUCGGCUUAAUCAAGCAGUUCACCAAGGCUCUGGACAAAGAUGGUGACUGCUUCACUUACUUGUGCCAGGCUUUUCCAGGAUUGACCAUGGAGAAGUUGAAAUCUGGCAUCUUUGACGGUCCUCAGAUCCGUCAGCUCAUCAGAGAUCCAGAGUUCGGAAAGUCAAUGAAUGAAGUGGAACUGGAAGCGUGGAAGGCAUUUGUUCUGGUAGUGAAGAACUUUCUUGGCAACACUAAGGCCAGAAACUACGCAGAACUUGUCAACAACAUGCUGACUGCUUUCAGAAACCUGGGCUGCAACAUGAGCGUCAAGAUGCACUACAGUGGUGCCUCGCAAGACGAAAUUAAUCCGUUCCGCGAGUCUCUUCGUCUUGCGGUUUUUUCGUCUUGCGAAGCACGGCUAUUAGCGGCUUAGCGGCUAUUAACGGCUUAGCGGCUAUUAACGGCUUAGCGGCUUUAAGAAAAAGGAAACAAACUUGCAAGAACUCGCAAGACGUUUCAUCUUGCGAAGCAAGCCCAUAGGGAAAUUCGUCUUGCGGAAUGACUCAAAAAACGGAAAACUCUUUUGUCUAGCGAGUUUUUCGUCUUGCGAGGCAUUCGUCUUGCAGGGCACCACUGUACCUAUUUUCACAUAUGGACCGGUUUCCUGAGAACCUGAGUUCAAUGAGUGACGAGCAGGGGGAGAGAUUCCAUCAGGACAUGAAAGAGAUGGAGACCAGGUAUCAGGGUCGCUGGGACGUAGUCAUGAUGGCUGACUACUGUUGGACUCUGAAGAGAGACCUCCCUGCCGCUGAGCAUUCCAGGAGUUCCAAGAAACGGAAGUUCAAGCCCUGAAGUCUGAAAAAUGCUGAAGCAACAUGCAAUUUACGUGUACUUACCUUUAUCAAUGCCCACCAUUCAGUUUACAGUAAUCAAUGUUUCUAUCAGGUAAUCAAUAUAUGUUGUUGGAAAAACAUUUUUUUCUCUUAAAAACAUAUUUAGGAUGAUAUUUGUUGACAAAAAUCAGCUGAUAUAUGCCACAAAAAUGUAAUCGAUUUUGUCACAAGAUCUGAUUUUUUUCAAAUCAACAUAGCACAAAAACCUGACCUGAUGGAAAGAAACGGAUGCCAUUUCCUGAUUCAGCAGGGCAAAAAUACCCUAAAUCAGUUGUAGAAAUCUAGACAACAUUCAAAAAGUAAAAUUGUUGCCCAGUGUUAUAUAUAUAUAUAUAUAUAUAUAUAUAUAUAUAUAUAUAUAUAUAUAUAUUUAUAUGGUACGCAUCUGGCAAGCCCCGGCAACUCAGGGCAGCUCCUGACAAAAAAUUAGUAAAAACACAAUAAAUCAUCAAAGACUAAAAACUUCCCUGAUCAGGGGUGUCUUCAUAUGUAUUUUAAAAUUUACAUAGGUGCUUAUCUCCUUGACAUCUGCUGGGAGGACAUUCUACAGGGUGGGUGCAACUACGGAAAAGGUCCUCUGCCUGGUUCCCUGUAACCUCACCUCUGGCAAUGAGGGAACCACUAGAAGUCCAUUGGAGAUGGAUCUCAGAGUCUGGGUUGGACAAUGGGGGUGGAGACACUCCUUCAGGUAUACUGGGCCCAAGUCGUUUAGGGAUUUAAAGGUCAGCACCAACAUUUUUAAUUGUGCACAGAAACAUAUUGGGAGCCAAUCAGUGGGGUAGCUAGGCAGAAGUGUACGGGGUGACUUGCUGCAGGAAGUACUUACCUUUGGGGGUGGUACACCAGCGCCCCAAGAGCCCAGCACACCUCUAGGAAAGUCAGUGUGGCCAGGGGCUUGGCCCACAGCACACCAGAGCUGCUGUACCCCCCCAGUCACUCUCUGGUGGUUGAGAAAGAAACAAUGGGGAUGUGUUGGCCACACAAGGAGGGCCCCUAGAAGGGACACGUCUCGGGUGCCCUGCAGGCCCAGUGCUGCCCCAAAAAGCAGCAUGGGGGCAGCACACUCCCACCAUGUCCCCCUCAGCUGGUGGGUGCCCAGGAGGGAUGCGCCACCUUGGGCACCCCCAGGCCCAGCACUUCCCGAAAAAGUGCAACCUGCAUGCCCCAUGGAGCUCACUAUGGCGUUGGAGCCAAUGUAGUUCUUUUAGGACCAGAGUUAUAUGGUCCCGACGGCUGCUCCGAGUCACCAGUCUAGCUGCUACAUUCUGGAUUAGUUGUACUUUCCAACUCACUUUCAAAAGUAGCCCCACAUCCAGUGCAUUGCAAUAGUCAAAGCCAGAGAUGACCAGAGCAUGUACCACCCUGGUGAGACAAUGUGCAGGCAGGUACGGUCUCAGCCAGCCUACUACAUGGAGUUGGUAGACAGCUUCCCUGGACACAGACCUGACCUGUGCCCCCAUGGACACCUGUUAGUCCAGAAUGACUCCCAGGCUGUGCACCUGGUCCUUUAGGGGCACAGUUGCCCCACUCAGGACCAGGGAGUCCCCCACACCCACCCAGCCCCUGUCCCCCAGAAACAGUACUUCUGUCUUGUUGGGACUCAAGUUCAAUCGGUGAAAUGCUUUCCAGCUUUAUAAAGUUGUAAACAUAGUGAUUUUGCCAACAUUUAGAAUGGGUGUUCAUUUUUGUAUUUAGAUUUCUAGCUCAAAUCCCUUUGACUUUGAACAUAGUAAGAAAUCUGCUGGAUCAGGCCAAAGGGGACUCAUCUAGUCCAGCAUCAUGUUCUCACAGUGGCAAACCAGAUGCCCGAAUGGGAAACACACAAACAGGAUCUGAGCAGAAGAGCUCUCUCCCCAGUUCGUUUCCAACUACUGCCUCUCAUAGUGGCGGUAGCACAUCAUCCUUGUGACUAGUAUCCAUUGGUAUUAGCAAUUGCUAGGAGUCUUGCCAACCUGAUCAGGUGAGCUGUGGAUGGAGGACAGGUAGAUACCUAGUAGUGGGAUUAAAAAUUCACUGAUGCACAGGAUGCUGGGCAGUGCUACAGGAACCUGUUAAUGUGACUCAUUUACAGUUGUGGUUUUUAACACUCAAAAUGACUUUUAAAUGGGUUAGGCCAUCCAGUUGGAGAACUUAAACAAUGUGCCAUUGAAACAUGACACCAGAGGGCAGUGCAGAGUCAUCCCUGUCAAAUAAUUGGGUAUAUAUUGUAGAAAAGGAUGCGAAGGAGAAACCAAAUGCCUUUACAUUUUAGAAUGAUAUUAAAAUAUCUGGAUCUACACUCACUUUCUAAGAACACUUAAAAAGUGAGUGUAGAUCCAGAUAUGGACAGGGGAAAACAAGAAGGAAGCAGCUGGAGGGGAGAAAAUGGUGUGUGGCUAUGUGUAGGAACAAGUGUAGAUUUCCAAAGGGAAAGUUUGCAUUUGCUUUUUAUUUUUGUCUCAGGCCCCCAUAGGGUUGCACAGAAAGGAAUGUGGCCCUAGGGGUGAAAAAGAUUCCCAACACUUGCAAUAUGUAAUGCAGGCAAACGGUCCUUUUCUGUGAAGUGUAUGAUGUUGAGUGUGGGUGAUAUCUUGUUUUCUUUUUAGAUUUCGUUUAGCUCCUGAGCAUCCCUAUCCAGUCCCUGUGCUGGACUGUUUAACUGCUUCAAUACACUUUCUGAAGAAUGCAGAGGAAUACGGAGUGGACCCCAGCUGCAUUGCCAUUGCUGGGGACAGUAGUGGAGGCACAUAUGCUGCAGCUAUUUGUCAAGAACUGGUGACCAGAAAGGACCUCCCAAGACUGCGAGCUCAGGUCCUGAUCUACCCAUUUCUACAAGCAGUGGACUUUGAUUUGCCAUCCUAUCAGCAAAACCAAUCAGUUCCUCCCUUGUUCAGGAAACGAGUUGUUAAAUUUGGUUCGACAUAUAUUACUGGGAAGGAGAUCAAUGUGGACCCAGUUAUAAAAGGUGCCCACAUCCCUCCUGAUUUGAGGGAGAAAUACCGAAAAUGGAUCAGUGCUGAUAACAUUCCAGAAGAAUUUAAGGCCAGGGGCUAUGUCCCUAAUGCUCCUGCCCCAUUUUCAGAAGAAAUUUAUGAACAACACAAAAGAGGUCUUGAGGUAAUGUUUGCCCCCCUUCUAGCAGAGGAUGACAUAAUCCGCCAGCUCCCAGAGACUUUCCUUCUAACCUGUGAAUAUGAUGUUCUCCGGGAUGAUGGGCUGUUGUACAAGAAGCGGUUAGAGGACAACGGUGUGCCCGUGACACAUCAUCAUCUUCCAGAUGCAGGCCAUGCAGGACUUAGCAUUUUUGGUUGGGGGCCAUUUGAAUUUCCGAGCUCAAAGAAAUGUUUGCAGCUUAUGGUACAGUUCUUAAAAGUUUUGUAGAAAUAAAUGACCGUCUUUGUCACUUCCUGGAUCAGAUCAUUGGCCCACUUCAUCCAGCAUCCUGUUCUCACAGUGACCAAGCAGAGGCCUCUUGAGAUGCCAGCAAACAGUACCUAG